GCAACAGUCGGAGCAGCUUUCAGAAUGACAGUCUGCAGAAGUGAGCUGAGCGUGUGCGCGGCCCGGGGCUCUCCUGCCUUCUGGGCUCCAACGCAGCUCUGUGGCUGAACUGGGUGCUCAGCAGCAGAAAUGCGGGGCUAUGGAAUACAGAUGUGGCAGCUCAGGUAGCCCCGCGUUGCCUGGAGGAAUACAGCAUGCUUUCUGAUAAGAAGAAAUUGUAGAAGGCAGUUUGUUUGUUUGUUUUUAACGACACCCCCCCCCAAAAGAAACCUGUAAAGAUGCAAAAACGUAAUAUCCAUGAAGAUCCUAUUACCUAGGAAGAUUCUGAUGUUUUGCUGCAAAUGCGGAGUUGGGAUUUAUUUGUUCUUGGAGUGUUCUGCGUGGCUGGCAAAGAAUAAUGUUCCAAAAUCGGUCCAUCUCCCAAGGGGUCCAAUUUUUCUUCCGGGGUGUCAGCGAGCCCUGACUCACUACAGAGCGACUGACAGGGGCUGUCAUGCAAGUGGCCCCCUAAGCCAAAGCAAAAGACCUAAGGACGACCUUUGAACAAUACAAAGGAUGGGUUUCAAUGUAAUUAGGCUACUGAGCGGAUCAGCUGUAGCACUGGUGAUUGCCCCCACUGUCUUACUGACAAUGCUUUCUUCUGCCGAGCGAGGAUGCCCUAAGGGCUGUAGGUGUGAAGGCAAAAUGGUAUAUUGUGAAUCUCAGAAAUUACAGGAGAUACCCUCAAGUAUAUCUGCUGGCUGCUUAGGUUUGUCCCUUCGCUACAACAGCCUUCAAAAACUUAAGUACAAUCAAUUCAAAGGGCUCAACCAGCUCACCUGGCUGUACCUGGACCAUAACCACAUCAGCAAUAUUGAUGAGAACGCUUUCAAUGGGAUACGCAGACUCAAAGAGCUGAUUCUGAGUUCCAACAGAAUCUCCUAUUUUCUCAACAACACUUUCAGACCUGUAACAAAUUUACGGAACUUGGACCUGUCCUAUAAUCAGCUGCAUUCUCUGGGAUCUGAACAGUUCCGGGGCUUGAGGAAGCUGCUGAGUUUACAUUUGAGGUCUAACUCCCUGAGAACCAUCCCUGUGCGAAUAUUCCAGGACUGCCGCAACCUGGAACUUUUGGACCUGGGAUAUAACCGGAUCCGGAGUUUAGCCAGGAAUGUCUUUGCUGGCAUGAUCAGACUCAAAGAACUUCACCUGGAGCACAAUCAAUUUUCUAAGCUCAACCUGGCCCUUUUUCCGAGGUUGGUGAGCCUUCAGAACCUGUACUUGCAGUGGAAUAAAAUCAGUGUCAUAGGACAGACCAUGUCCUGGACCUGGAGCUCAUUACAAAGACUUGAUUUAUCAGGCAAUGAGAUUGAAGCUUUUAGUGGACCUAGUGUUUUCCAGUGUGUCCCGAAUCUGCAGCGCCUCAACCUGGAUUCCAACAAGCUCACAUUUAUUGGUCAAGAGAUUUUGGAUUCUUGGAUAUCCCUCAAUGACAUCAGUCUGGCCGGGAAUAUAUGGGAAUGCAGCAGAAAUAUCUGUUCCCUGGUAAACUGGCUGAAAAGUUUUAAAGGUCUGCGGGAGAACACAAUCAUCUGUGCCAGUCCCAAAGAGCUGCAAGGAGUCAACGUGAUCGAUGCAGUGAGGAACUACAGCAUCUGUGGCAAAAGCACCACGGAGAGGUUCGACCUGGCCAGGGCUCUCCCAAAGCCCACCUUCAAGCCCAAGCUCCCCAGGCCGAAGCACGAGAGCAAACCUCCUGUGCCCCCCACGGUGGGAGCCACGGAGCCCAGCCCAGAGACCGAUGCUGACACCGAGCACAUCUCCUUCCAUAAAAUCAUCGCCGGGAGCGUGGCCCUUUUCCUGUCCGUGCUUGUCAUCCUGCUGGUUAUCUACGUGUCAUGGAAGCGGUACCCUGCGAGCAUGAAGCAGCUGCAGCAGCGCUCCCUCAUGCGAAGGCACAGGAAAAAGAAAAGACAGUCCCUAAAGCAAAUGACUCCCAGCACCCAGGAAUUUUAUGUAGAUUACAAGCCCACCAACACGGAGACCAGCGAGAUGCUGCUGAAUGGGACGGGACCCUGCACCUAUAACAAAUCGGGCUCCAGGGAGUGUGAGAUACCUUUAUCAAUGAAUGUGUCAACCUUUCUGGCAUACGACCAGCCCACAAUCAGUUACUGUGGGGUGCAUCAUGAACUUCUCUCUCACAAGUCCUUUGAAACGAAUGCACAGGAAGAUACGAUGGAAACACACCUAGAGACUGAGCUGGACCUGAGCACAAUCACAGCAGCUGGCCGCAUCAGUGACCAUAAACAGCAUCUGGCUUGACUGAACUAUUUGGUAGCCAAGGGUUGCCACCAAACUUUGUAACCUCAAGGACAAAAUGAGGAAGAUCUGUUCAUUGUGGACUCUAAAAACAAAACAUAAAAAUCCCCUGUUAAAAUAAAUGAAAAUCCAAGAUUGAUUCAUGAAAUAAAGAAGACAUGAAUUGUUUCAAGUCUACACUUUAUAAUUAGCUAAGUUGUGCAGUAUUUUUUUGACUUAGAGUAUUUCCCUGAAAAAAGAAUCUUUUUCCCCCAAAAAAACUCAUCCUACCUAUCUGUAAAAACUGUACAGAGCUAAUGUAUUUUUCAUAUUGUAAAAUUCAAUUAUACAAAGAACUGGUAUGUACAGUACCAUAAUUUAAUUACAAUUUACUUUACAAACUACACGCUUCAGUUUCUAAAAAUUUUAAAUUAACAAAAAUUAUUUCUUGUGUUAGUCAGUUACUCAGUUUUGUAGGGACUGUUUUGUUACUGCUUUUGUGCCCAGGAACCUUGACUCUAAAAUUCUGUGCUGUGAGAAACAUGCAUGAUUUUUAUCAUGCUUACCGCGUAGAAUUUUAUCUACUUGUUCCAGAAAUAAUACAUUAACCAAAAAGGGUUUAAUUGUUGAGACUUGUUAAGAAGUUCAAUUAUAUAGGCAGGUUUUUCUUAUAAAUGAAAAAAAAAAAAAUCAAAGAUUUUUUUUUUUAAUACUUCUUCACAGACUUAACUGUUGCCUUGAAUUACAGCCUAGUUUCUAAGCAGUGAAAUGUAAUGAUAAAGAGGGAUAUUUUAACAACAUAUUUCUGAAUGAAUGACUCAUUAUUUCAUUCUUUUGAGUAACCCACUGUUAAGAGUAGAGGGGGAAGCAUGGACAAAACAUCCCUGGAAACAAAGGCCGUAACCACAGCAACAGACUUUGAUACACUUAAAAGGUGCAGCUGUCAGUGACAAAGAAAAACUUGUUACAUGUCAUUAUAUUCAGGCCAAGGUGGGAGAAUAGAGCAUAAUCAUGUACAGGAGCAGUUUUUCUCUUAUUUAACCCAAAGUGGUUUACUUCAAAAUAGUCAUUGGUCACUGCAAAAUGUGCCUGGUUUUUAAGACAGCUUCUCAUUUAGAAAUGGGAGGCUAUAUUUUGGAAACACCUCAAAGGAAAUACAUGAAUUUUUAAUCUUUCUCUCCUGGGGGAGGAGUCUAAACAUCUACAGCUCAUUCAAUAUAGAUAUGACCCAUGGUGGACGACUUGAUCACUCGAGUAAUCUGUGAACAUCCCAAUAUGUUCUAAAUUGUUUAUAUUGCCAUCAUAAUGAAAGUCACCUCCGAAUUAUCUGAAAAGAUAACCCAGAGUAAUCUGAAACCAACCCAGAUCAUAUAUUGAUUACCCAAUUCUAUUACGUAGUUCAUUCGAAUCAAAUUAUGAAUACCUGACCUUUUAGAUGCUGAAAUGAUCAACUGUUUCUGGUGUUUGCUUGGCACUGGUUACUCUUUGAAAAUAAUUCUAUUUUAUCUAUGGUAUUCACACAUACUUUUGUGUGCUUUUUAAUACGAAACUACAAGCUUCAAAUGCUGUUGCUCUACGAGACAUGACUUUUUGUUGUCAUUUUAUAAUUAUGACAUUAAAAAUAGGUUGAAAAUAUGUCAGUCUUACAGGGAGGGGUCAAACAAUCAAAAACAAUGAAGGAAAUAAUUUGUGAAAAACAAUGUCAAACAUUACAUUUUUUUAUUUCUUCCAAAGAAAUCGUAUCUACAAGAGUCUGGUUUUAUCUUGGCAAAUUUAAGAGCAGCUUCCCGAAGAAUGAACUUUAAAAAAAAUGUAGAGCAAAUUUUUGUUAAAAAUAUACAAAGUCAGAAAGAAAAAACAAAAUGCUGAAAGAAGCAAACUCUCUUAUUAAUUUAAAUGAAACUAAAUGUUACAGUACUUUUAUCUAUUUAACAUCCCAGAUUUUGUAGCAAAGUUUGCAUAAAUUGCUAUU